AUGUCGACGGAGAAGCUUGAUGAUGAGACUUUUCUGAAUGUGUCGAUCGCCGACGCGAAGCAUUUUCCUGAGUCGGCUUCUGCAGAUGAGCUCUUCAGCGAGUUGGCCACUUCCGAUGGGUGCCCUCUCUUUGAGUGCGCCACGCUAGUUAAAUCGUCAGGCAUUGAUCUCAUGGAUUGCCCCUUGCAGCUGAACCUGAAGUUGCAUGUGCGGCGGAGGCUGCCGGAGGGAGCCGCGCUAUUGUGGCACAUGGUCUUGCCUUUGGCAGUAAUCAGCAAGAAUCUCUUACAGCCACCACAUGCGUGGGACACAUGGUUGGGUCUUCUUCCUGCCAACCAGAGCUUGGAAACACAUGCUCCCGAGAUGAUGUUCACGCAGGCCGUAAUUCAUCUUUUGGCCAAACCAGAGUAUCCAAAGCUGCGGUUGCAGUUCAAGUAUCACAACCCUGCGCUGCGAGCCAAGAUGGCUUUGCAGAAGCAGACAGAGCAAGAAUGGCGGCAGCAGCAAAACCUGAAAGCUGCAAGUUACGGACAGCAGCGCUUUCAGGACUUGCAGUCGCUAGGAGGUUUGCUUGAAAAGCGGCCCACCGACAAAUCUGACAAGGCAUCUGCUUGUGAAGAGGAUGCAGCCAGCCAGGGCAACAACGCAGGCGAGGCGAGCCAAGCGCCUGCGUCCGAGCCUCCGCCACGCACAGAUGUGGAUGCACGCGUCCAUGCAGGGGAGUCCGACCGGCACGACAGAGUGUCCUUGGCACUCGAUGCAUGUCUUCAACUACUCUUCGAGCAGCAGUCUGCCCACGGUGUGCAAUAUGACCCCUCUGAUUUGAGCAUUGAGCGCCUCGCUGCCUGCGAUGCCCCAGUGGAGCUUAUCAAGAGCCACUUUCAAGGUUUGCGACUCGCUGAGUCUGUAGAUGAGCAAGGUCUGGCGGAUAGCUUGCAGUAUGCGCUGCUUGGGACCCUCGACGACUUCGGUACUCAGGCCAGUGGCCUUGCUCAGCCGAGCCAGCUACUGGCUGUGAGAGAGCGCUACCCACUUAUUUGGCCUAUCUGCCGUCAAAUCUCAAAGCUCGCAAACGACAGAGUCCGACUCGUGGAGGAAAUCGAAGCCAGUGCGGCGCACCCAAACCUCGUCCAGGAAAAUGCACGACUCCGCACGGAACUGGUUGAGGCGCAAGAAAAGUCUCGCAAAGCGGAAGAAGAGCUGGCACGCAUGCAAGCCCGUGUCAAUGAUCUCACUGUAGCUUUGAGCCGAGGGCAGCUUCAAGUCCGGGAAGCCUGCAACUUCGAGGGCUUCGCCGCUCGUCGCCUGCAAAGCGCCUUGCGUCUGACAGCUCACGAUGAGCGCAGAUGGCCGGCACUUGAUGCAGCUGUGGAAGCAGGGGAGGCUGCCACGGACAGGUUGAGGGAGGCGCAGCUCACGAGGGCCAAGAAGAUUGCGGUUCUUACCCGAAGGGUGCUUAACCAGUGGCAGGAUGGGAUGCUCGAGAGACUACAGGAGGUGGUCGACUCACAGGACCUAGAGCUUCUGGAGACGCUGAAGCCCUGGGUCGAAAGAGCGCGGCUUUCAGACCAUCCAGAGGGCAUGGAUGUCGUGAUUCGUGUGGAGAAGCUCAGCAGCGCGACGGCAGCUCUGCAGUCUGCGCUCGAUGAGGGGACCGGGGCCGCCUUCCGGGAAGCACUGUGGAAAUCGGAGGAGGCGGCUUUGAAUCCGGCUCGUUGUGAGAUGCUGCAGAGAGUGGACACGGCCUACGGACCCAUCCGAGCCCGCAACCUUGCACGCUGGGCGAUAUUGGCUGCGCGCACGAAUGGUGACAAGGAAUGCCUCCAGGGAGCCCUUGUCGUCGCUGAACGGUCUGGUCUCAGCACAGACACUGUGACACAGUCCUUGCAGACGGCCAAGAGCGCCCGAGACAUGAUCUCGCAGAUUGCACAGCUGACAGUUGCCAGCAGGGAGGAGGACGUGUCCAAGCUGGAGAGAGCCAUCCAGAGCACAAAGAAUCCACAGGUCCAGGAGACGAAGUUGGGCCGGCGUGGCUCACUGGACAAGCUGCUGGCCGAGGUCCGGAUGGAGGCCCUCCAGACACUCUUCGACACCAAGCAAAAAGCCAAGGUGCAAGAGGAGAUCAAGGCUACGGCAGCCAAGCGUUCGACGCAGGUCUUGCAGGAGCUCCCCAAGAAGAUCCAAGAUGCAGAAAAGCUUAGGAUGUCGGGCGAUGCGAAAGAGGCCACCCGACUGUACAAGAAGGCGCUACUGGAAAAGGAGAUUCGCAGUGCCAUGGUUCUCUCCGACGGCAAUGCGCUGCGGAAUGCAGUUUCCAAAGCCGGCUCUUCUGCGUUUGCGGACAGUCUUGAUGACAAGCUUUUGGAGUCUGCUCGUGCAGCUUUGCGCGAGAUGACCCUGCUGGAUCAAGCACGCGAGACUGUCAAAAGCAACACCACCUUGGCUGAGUUGGAUGAGGCUUUUGACAAGCUCAUACAGGAGAACUUCCCGGAAGGCAUCAGACCGCAAAGCACGUUGGCCCGCGCGCAGGCUCAGAUCAGAACGAUCAGACAGAAGCUGGGCGAGCUGGAGGAGCUCAUCCAGUCGCCCAUCUCCUUUGAGAACAGUUCGUCUCUGCUGCAAGAAAGCGGAAUGCGGCAGCUGCGCCUGGUGUUGGAUAUCCUGCGUCCCCAUCCUUACUUUGCGAUGAUCGUUGAACAGUCUUCUUCGCACAUGGCUGGUGAACGCUCGAAGACAGUCCAAGACCUGCUGCGGAAGAGCUGUCGGAAUCAGCUGAUCUCCAAGCAGAACAAAGAAAAGAACAAGCAAGUGAAGCUGUCAUGCGACACGGAGACGUGCAACCCCGAGAUAAAGGCGGCUCUGUUGAAGAUGCUUCAGAAGUGCAUCCUCUGA